UCCAUUAGGUUCUUCUACAUGAACUCGACUUGAUCCCCCGUAUGCUACACAGACUGACAAGAGAAUGAUAUUUACUUGAAGAAUGGCUCAGACAGAGCCUUUAUUUCGGGGGAAACACGAAUUUUAUUAAUUGUGAACAGUAGUGGUAACGCGGGGCAUUUUUACAGCGUAUGGAGAUGAUCACAAGAGUUGCUAAAACCACGAACAGAGGAAAAACACAUGCUCACGGAAAUGGCUUAUCGUCAUAAACAUUGAGAGGGACUUUGUUUAUGCAACAGACUUUUUAUAAAGUGACAAAACUGAAAGAGGGAGACAUUUAAGAGAAGUGGAAGGUGGUCCCUGAUGCAAGAAGGAAGCUACAGCUCAAAGAUAAAUGCAUUUAGCAAGAAGAUAAAGUUAGAAGUAUUUCCUGAUCUCCAUAAUGUAGCUUCAUCAAGUAAUCUAUACAGGUCACAGAGUCCAUUAUUACACUCAGCAUCAGAGUAUCUUCAGGGUAACUGCAACCAGACUUUGUUUUAUCCACCAAAUAGGAAUGUUUAUAGGGACGAGGAGAAUAUAUCAAAUAAUUACAUUCGUGCUUCAACCAUAAAACUUCUGGAUACGUAUCAGAGAUGUGGAAUUAAACGUAAAUGUGAGGAAUUGGAAAUACCAAUGCAGCUCACGGACGUUCAAACAGUACCAAGCGAGGAUGAGAAGCCCCUUAUUGCCACGACAACUACGAACACAACGAACACCUCCAAGAAUACGUCGUCCUCAAACAGCGAAGGGGACUACCAGUUAGUCCAGCACGAGGUGUUGUACUCUUUAACGAGUCACAAUGCCUACGAAGUGCUGGAAUUUCUUGGUCGUGGCACAUUUGGUCAAGUGGUCAAAUGUUGGAAGAAAGGAACCAAUGAAAUAGUAGCAAUAAAAAUCUUGAAAAACCACCCUUCGUAUGCAAGGCAGGGCCAGAUCGAAGUCAGCAUAUUAACAAGACUGAGCCAUGAAAAUGCUGACGAGUACAACUUUGUGCGUGCAUAUGAAUGUUUUCAGCACAAAAACCAUACUUGCUUGGUUUUCGAGAUGCUUGAACAGAAUUUAUAUGACUUUUUGAAGCAAAACAAAUUUCAGCCUCUACCCCUGAAAUACAUCCGUCCUAUAACGCAACAAGUGUUGACAGCAUUGCUGAAGCUAAAGAGUUUACAUUUGAUUCAUGCUGAUCUAAAGCCAGAAAACAUCAUGUUGGUGGACCCAGCUCGAAUGCCUUAUAAAGUGAAAGUCAUUGAUUUUGGUUCUGCUAGUCAUGUGUCCAAAGCAGUCUGUUCUACAUAUCUGCAGUCAAGAUAUUACAGAGCCCCUGAGAUCCUGCUUGGCCUUCCAUUUUGUGAAGCCAUUGACAUGUGGUCCCUGGGCUGUGUGAUAGCAGAACUGUUUUUAGGCUGGCCUCUAUAUCCAGGCUCUUCAGAAUAUGACCAGAUUCGCUACAUCUCCCAGACACAAGGCUUGCCAGCUGAACAUAUGCUGAGUGCAGCUACCAAAACAACCAGAUUCUUCAUCCGAGAAAACACAGACAGCAACUAUCCUUUCUGGAGACUGAAGACACCAGAAGAACAUGAAGGUGAAACAAAAAUCAAAUCCAAAGAAGCAAGAAAGUACAUUUUUAACUGUCUGGAUGACAUGGCACAGAUCAAUGUGCCCACUGACUUGGAUGGCAGCGAAUUAAUGGCAGAGAAAGUGGACAGGAAAGAGUUCAUUGACCUACUAAAGCGAAUGCUGACGCUGGACCAGGAGAGGAGGAUCACCCCGGGGGAGGCCCUGAACCACCCCUUUAUCACCAUGGCCCAUCUCGUGGAGUACGCACCCUGUAACAUGUUUAAACAGAGUCUGUCAGCGAUGGAAAUUUGUCGACGGCCAGUGAAGAGCAUAUUUGACGUGAAUCAGAACGCGACUUCUAUCAUGUCCAAUCUGGUCCCUCCAUCCACCAGUAAUCUGACUGUCAGUUUCAACAAUCAAAUCAAUGCACUUCACACUCAGAUGGCUACCCAGAACUUGAGUGGCAAUUCUCAUCCGGGUACAGAAGUUCAGUAUUUGCCAUACCCCCUACAGUCACGGCAUUACAUUCCCUAUCAGCCAUCACAAGUUAACACACAGCUGUCAGCACCCAGGUCUUCAACACAGUUUAGCCGCACCGAUCCUUUCAUUCACGUCUCCUCUAUUGUGGUGCCCGGCCUUCAAGGUCUGAGUUCCCCCACAAGGUACAACCAUGUUCCCAUGGUAACCCAGGCAGCUCCAACAUUACAACUUCAGCCACAGCUGAUAGCACAGAGACCCGUCAACCAUUCCCAGAUAAGCCCAGUGACCAUGAUAGAACACCCAUUAUUCAUGGCAACCAAUGCGGGAAAUGCCUGGCCGGGAACACAGCAGGUUCUUGUGGGCUCAUGGCAACAGAUCCCAGGGAUCCCCACCCAGAGGGCGGUCCAGCAGCCACUGUUGACCGACACACUGGCUGCCUCCCAGGCUCUCCAAGACUCGUGGAGACAAUCUCUGGUUCUGGACAACUUAGAGCAGUCUUCUUUAGCUUCACUGGGAUCUGCAUCACAGAAGUGGAAUAUUGGAGUUGUACCAACAAACUCUUACAUACCCAAGGCUAGUUCAAGUAAAAGGCAGACCAAACAAAGUAGAAGUUACAAGAAUGGGGCAACCUCUACACAUUUAUCUCCAGUAAAGAAGAGAGUGAAAGAGAACACACCCCCCGAAACAUUUGUCCCUGAGGACAGUGCCCUUCUACAGGAAUGGGCGGACAACCUGAAAACCAGACAGUCAGGCAGAGAGCAGAAACAGAUGAUUGUGAUAGCAGACACACCCAGCCCUACCCCCAGCAUCAUCACCAUCAGCUCGGACAGCGAGGAAGAGGGGGAGCAUAAGUUCCACAGGAACAGAAGGGCUGGAAGUCAUCGAGUUCAAAAUUGCAACCAAACAGGUGUAGAUGCACACCCCUUUGUGACCAGCAGUGCUGGAAAUGAAAUUUUCGAAUCCUCCAGAAGUCAUAAGAGUUUACUCUCAGGUGUACCUGAAGUGACUUCUCAAGAUUCUGAAGUAGAGUACCAGAAUGCAAUGUAUAAGAAACAAUUGGCCAUGACGCCAAUCAAACACGAGGAGAUUGAGAGGGCAAGUGAAGAAACAGAAAAGUACCACUUAAAUGGAGGAACUAGCUACAAUGUGGUUCCACCAAAUGUGACAUUAGAAAUGCCCAAGAAAAGGGAACAAGCAAAGGUGUCACCCUAUGUUAUGAACGUCCCAAAACAGGAAAUAUCCUCCUAUGUACCAUCCAAUUCAACAAUCGGUUACGACAGAUCCAGGGGAGGAAGAAGCCCAAAAGUGGAGGUGAAACUGCCUCCACUAGAAGUGGAAAUUAGUAAUGCUGCUUUACAAGGAAAGCUUGCUUACGUGUCUCCCACAGUGCGCAAUGUCCAUGGUCAAGCUCAUAAGCAACCUGCCUCUGGAAUGGCUUUUGUCAACACAAACUCUGCUUUCCAACAGCAUAAGGCCAGGCAAGCGAACAUGAACUACACAAGACCAACCGGACCCAGUCAGCUAUCACCUGUUCAAACAGGGGUAGCCAUUGGUCAGCCAGUUUUCUUGAAUACGGGUCCUCAAGUUGAAGUCCACAGAUUUGCCUUUAACAGGGAUUUUAGGCGGCCUCCCACACUGCAGGGCAGUCCUAUCCAUCACUACCUACUACCGGCCCACCAGCAGCCCCAGAUGGCAGCCAUUCCCACGGCGAUGAGUCAGUACACACCGUUCUCUCCCACAGUGGCUCCACCCCCCGCUCACCAGAGUCCCAGACACGUGCAGUACACAACACAUCCCUUGCCAGCCCAUGUUCACCCUGUCCUGCAGUCAUCGACCCUCCCAACAGGGCCGUACCCCACACAGAUCGCCUCGCAGUAUGGCAGCCUCAAUCCCGCGGGGGGUAUAUACGCCACAUACCCUCUCAGCCCAACCAAAGGCAGAUCAUAUCAAUAUUUUGCGUAACGUUCAUAAGUCAUCCUUUUUCUGACAUUCAUGGUGCUAUUUUGUGGUGGCUUGCAUUUUAAGAUCACAGAAUCACACACCUGUGUAUUUUGGUUGUGAUUUUUGACAAGGACUGGAAUCUGGUUGAUUUUAAUGGUGUGGGUUUUCUCACCUUUAGUUCAUUUUAUCAUUAUCAGUGUUAGAUGUAACCAAUUAUUUCCCCCCUUUUAAUCAUUUAGUAGCUCUUAGAAUGUUUGUAUGCUUAGUUUAUUUCUCAUUUUGUAACUUAAAAAGUAGCGGAUACAGUACAAUUUAGUUUUUAUUCUAUCAUGCUUCAUAUUCAGAUGAAAUAACAGCCAGCCAUAUACAUACAUGUAUUGCGUAUAUAGUAUAUUUCAGUGUAUUGUAUAUUUUAUCAAUAUAUAUAUAUAUCUAUAAAUAUAUGUGUAUUUUAUUACCUACACAACAAUCAUUUUUAAUUGCUAUGAGAGCAAUAUAUUGUUGCUAUUGAUUGUUUAUUGUGUGUUGCAAAGUUUUGCAAAGUUUUUACAUAAUCUUAAGAAUAAUGUUCGUAAAUUUUUAAUCUUGUAUUUUAUUUCUGAUAGAAAACUAAUCUUAGCUCUAAUUGUAGCUUUGGGCAUUGAAUAUGUUGCUUCAUAUGAAAUGAUUUAAACAUUUUGGCAAUAUAUAUAUAUAUAUUCAUAACAUUAUUACCACAAAUAAGCAUUUAAAGGGUACUUGAAUACUUGCCAUAAAUAAAGUAGAGGAAGAGCUUACCUAGAAAAAAGAUGUCUCUAUUGGUAAAUAUUUGAACAUUCCACUUAACAUAACUGUGUCAAGCACCAAGCACUAGGGAGAACAAUUCAUUGCAGAGUUAUGUCAGUUAUGUCCCUUGUUUGCUGUUGUACCUUAAUAUUUCAUAGUCUGUGAUCAUAAUAUUAUUCAGAAUUUAUGCACCUUGUUCAGCUGUUAUCAGGUGUUAGGAAAUGGGGCAAAGUCACCCUGUUACUUGGCUAAAAAUGUAAUUUUAGCAAUCAAGUAAUCUCUCUCAAGAUAAACAUCAAUUUUAGCAUGCAACAUGAUUUAUGAUAAGGUCUUAGAAUGAGAUUGCUUUGAAGAAAUGUGAUACUUACUGACGAGCCAAAAAUAAGGGCAGAAUCUGGACAGAUGAUGUUAUCUUUUGUCAAUCAAAGAGCUAUAAACACUAUUUUUGUAAUGAAAUAUUAAUGUUAUAUGUGGUGCACAUAAUUUUGAAUCAUGUUUGAAUAAGCAUGUUUUUUUUUCCUUUUCAAAAUAUGAUGUGGUGCCAUUUUGUAAGUACAUUGUAAUUGUAUAGCAAAGAAUUUAUUAAUCCCUCUAUUUUCUCUGUCUUCAGAAGAUAAUUGUCCAUAAUUGAUGAAUUUCUGGGGAGUGUACAGCACUGCCCCCUUGUACAGAAAUGGGAUUUUUCUUUAUGUAUAUUUGUUAUUAUUGUAAAUAUGUUAGACUUGUAUUAGAGGCCUUUCUAUGCUGUUGUGGUGGUGAUAUGCACUAACUCUUGUGAUACUCAAUAGGAAUAAUGCCAAAGUCAUUUUAAGAUUACUGUCUUUUAAGUUUGAAUUUUGAUUGUUUUUUUCUGAAAAGGCAACUUUAUAAAAAAAAAAAGAGAAAGAUAUUUUUUAAAGUAACAAAAUAUAUUAUAGUUCAGAAUUUUGGAAUUCAUUUAAGAUAUCAUUUAACUGACCUUUUAUAGUUUUAGAUAUGAAUUAAGGUACAUAUAAUUUUCAUUACUUCCUAAUUUUGGUGUAUUCCAAUUUUUUCCAUUUAUUUUUAAAUGAUGUGACAGUUCACUUGUAAUCGUAGAUGUGAUUUAGCGUGUACAUUUUAACACUUGCCAGUAUUUUAUUAUUUUUUUCAUUGUAGUCUUUCAUACACCAAAUCAUUUCCUGUCAUCACCCAUGUCUUUUAUGACUCCAAUAUUUGUCAGCUUGUGAUAUUACAGAAGAUAUAAAAAAAAUGGCUUAAGUUUACAGAAGUCAUCCUGCCGUCAUUUCCAUUAUCACAUUUUUCCGUGUCAGGCUUAGAAUUAGCUUGUCUUUGGGUACAUCUAGCAUUGGGCAGAAAAUACUGGAGUUGUCUACCUUGCUGUGUUCAUUCAUUAUAGUGUAUUCAAUAUUGUUUCCUCAGUAUAAUAUCUUGGUGUAGCUGUAGGUCUGUUUAUAGUAGAGCGUUUCCAGUAGUGUGUAGUGUGUCUUAUUGUGGAGGAGAGCCCCCCUACCUGUUCAUUAUUUAUUCAGUUUCCCUCGGUAGUUUUUUAUUUAACCUUAAAUAAGUUUCAUCACAGUGCUAGGCGGUUUUUGGUUUCUGUGUAUUUUGUGGCUCUAUGUUUUAUCGUAUUGAUAGCUAAUAUUUAACCUGCGUGUUUUGUAUUGUGAUUUUGUAUCAUUCCGUGUUCCGAGGCACUGUACACUGGUUAAUAGUCAUAGCAGGGCCCUUUUUUUCUGCCUAUUUUCAUUUGUUCUGUUUGAUUUCCAGUAAUUUCAUUUUAAGAGUAGUUUUGAUGAUUUAAAAAGAAAAUUGCCUCUUGUAUUACAUUUAAUAAAUUUUUAUGUUCAUGAAUUGACAUUUGUCAAGAGAGUGCUUUUGUGAUGUAAAGCUUACUUCAUACUCAGGGUUGCCAGUUGUUUCUAUCCAUGAAUCAUUGCAUUUAAGAUAUAGUCAUUGGUUUAUAACAAUAUAUGAUUGAACUAUAUAUACAUUCACUUAGACAUCAUCAUCAUAUAGUCAGAGACACUAAUGCAAUAUUGUAUUGUAAAUCCACCUUUGGUUACUACACAGUCAUCAUCCUAUCACCCGUAUAGUCCUCAUUCUAGCAUUUAGUCUCCCUCAUCUGUCUCAGUUCUAACUAAUCAGAGGCCUUGUAUUAACGGAAUUUGAAUUGGUUUGAGUUAGUUUUUGAUGAGAUGGGAAAGACAUUGGAAUUGGAUGGUUCAUUUUUUUUCUCUCUCUUUGUUUUAUAAUAGGGUAGAACUUGGUAUAAAAAAUUUAGUUAUAUAACCCAGAAAUCUUUGAUCUCUUAGUCAGAUUUUAACAUCAUUUCACUUUAGAUCUAUUAUAUGUACAUGUAGUGUUUUAUUUUAGCUAUAUACUGUUUUAAUUUUAAUUGGUAUCACUAUACGUUUAUAUAUAUAUUUUAGUACAUACGGGAUUCAGUCUGGUGUAGUUUAUCUGUUUUAAAGAAUCAAAUGUCCCUGGCAUUCCAGAAUAUGUAGCAGAACGAAAUUUUAAACAAAUAGAAUUUUUUUGUUAGUGAAGGGUUUUAUUCAGUGCUUUUAAGACUGAUAACUUUGACUUGAAUAGAAAGGUUUGGGUUUGAACUUUGCUUUUAUUUUUGUUUUUUCGGGUUUAUUGUCACGUUUGUUCACCACGUGGAGUGUAGGCAAUUGGUUGUAUAGCGUGUUUAUCCAUUUCAAAUAUGCUUUCAUUUUGUUUUUUAAAACCCCCAUUAUAAUAACACAUAAUGUAUUGUGUCUAGUCAGUGUUUAGCGCGUGGUUUCAGUGUUAAUCUAUUUUAUAUUUCUCAUUAACCCAUUAUUCAUUACGUAUUUAUGCACCCAAUUGUUUCUAUUUAUUCUAAUCCUCCUUUGGAAAUCUUAUUUAUGCCCAGACCUAAUAAUUAGGCUUUUAAAAAACUGUAAAGUGAAGAGACUUUGAAUAAAAAGGGAGUUAAAAAUAUUUUUUCUUAAGAUAUAAAUUGGUGAGGUUCAAAAUAGUUAAUGUUAUUGUGUGAAAAGAAGCAGCAUUUUUAUAUCAUAUAUUUCAUUUAGAUCAAUUAGAAGUAAGUGCUAAUGCAGUGAAUUUGUUUCCACAUUUUUGGAGAAAUCAUGUUUGAAUUCAUGCUUUGUUGAGUAUUACUAUCAUAUGUCACCAAUGAGUGUAGCCAUUUUUUUCCAUUGUAUUUUCUUCUAAUAUCUGUGUGCAAUAUUAAACGUUGGACAAGCUUGUGCCUAUCUCGCAGACUUAGGACACGGUUCAGUGAUUUAUGUUCAAGUAAUUAUAAUAUAUUAGAGAGAAAAAAAGAAGAUAAGAAAUCAAAUUUACUUCGUAUUCUUUUUGAUUUUGAACAAUAAUGUAAAAAAGAAGAAAUAGAGCAUUGAUGUUUUGUUUAAGCUCAAAAUUAAGAUUUGUUAGAAAAGGUGGGUGGGUGUUUUGAAGUUUGAUGAUGUUGGCUAGACUAUACGGAAGGUUUGUGAGAUAGGUCACAGAAAGUACUUAUCACAGCUCUUUGUUGUGUGGAUCUGAGAUAUAUCAAAUGUAGAAAUUAACUCACUUGGGAUCAAUAGGAAUAAAUCUUCACAGAAAUUUUA